AUGGGAGCAGAAGAGGAACUUUUGUUGGUCAAAAUUGCAGACUACUUGAAACGUAAGGGUUUCAAGAAAGCCGAGAAGGAGGUGAAAAAAUGCAUUUCAGAUGAAUCCAAGAAAUCCUUAGUUGUUAAGGAGCAUUUGGAGGAUAUUGUACUUCCGAAAAUAAAGCAAGAAGAGAUCCCAAAGAAUAAGAAGGAGGAUAAGAAGGAGAAAAAGAAGGAGGAUAAGAAGGAGAAAAAGAAGGAGGAUAAGAAAGAUGAUGAUACAAGUUCGUCAUCAUCAGAAUCAGAAUCAGAGAGUUCAUCGGAAAGUUCAUCAGAAUCAGAAUCAGAGAGUUCAUCGGAAAGUUCAUCAGAAUCAGAAUCAGAGAGUUCAUCGGAAAGUUCAUCAGAAUCAGAAUCAGAGAGUUCAUCGGAAAGUUCAUCAGAAUCAGAAUCAGAGAGUUCAUCAGAGAGUGGCUCGGAUUCAGAAUCAGAGAGUUCAUCAGAAAGUGGUUCAGGCUCGGAAUCAAGUUCAUCGGAUAGUGAAUCUGAGAGUGGCUCAGAAAGUGAAUCUGGAAGUGAUUCAGAUAGUUCAUCGUCAUCAUCAGAAUCAGAAUCAGAAUCAGAAUCAGAUAAUUCGUCUUCAUCCUCAGACUCAUCCUCAUCCUCAGACUCAGACUCAGACUCAGACUCGGACUCGGACUCGGACUCGGACUUAGACUCAAAAUCUAGUUCAGGCUCCAGCUCAGACUCCAGUUCUAGUGACUCGGAAUCAGAAGAGGAAAACUUAAAGAAAAGAAAGAGAGAUGAGAAAUCAGAUUCUAAAGAAACAAAGAAACCAGCGAAAAAGGUUCACAAAGGUAUCCCAGCAGCAAAAGAGGAACCCCUGAAGCCAAACCAGAGAGACCAUUUCUCAAGAGUUGACAGAUCCAAAGUUUUCUUUGCUGAUAAGAAAUUGAUGGAUAACUCAUACAAGGGAGCAGCAGGUAACUGGGGUGAGCGUGCAGCCGAAAAACUAGGAAGAGUUAGAGGCAAGGAUUUCACAAAGAACAAGAAUAAAAUGAAGAGAGGAGGAUACAAGGGAGGAAUAAUCACUAUGGCAAGUGGAAGUUACAAAUUCAAGGAUUGA